CAACUUGGCCACCGACAUGCUAUCCAGACUGAGGAAGACCCGGAAACUUCGGGGCCACGUGAGCCACGGCCACGGCCACGGCCGCAUCGGCAAGCACAGGAAGCACCCGGGGGGCCGCAGUAAUGCUGGCGGCUUGCAUCAUCACAGGAUUAAUUUCAACAAAUACCACACAGGUUACUCUGGUAAAGUUGGAAUGAGGCAUUACCACUUUAAGAGGAACCAGAGCUUCUGCCCAACUAUCAACCUUGAUAAACUGUGGACCCUGGUCAGCGAGCAGACACGAGUCAAUGCUGCCAAAAGCAAGACUGAAGUUGCUCCCAUCAUUGAUGUGGUGCGAUCGGGCUACUACAAAGUUCUGGGGAAGGGAAAGCUCCCAAAGCAGCCUGUCAUUGUGAAGGCCAAGUUCUUCAGCAGAAGAGCGGAGGAGAAGAUUAAGGGUGUUGGUGGGGCCUGUGUCCUGGUAACUUGAAGCUACACAGAGGGGAAUUCAUUAAAAUGUCCAAGUAUUUUU